AUGGCAGCAAUUGCUACUGACCUCCCCCAGCAACGAGCAGCAACUUCUGUGGAACCGUUAAAAAUGAAUGCUGGUGUUAAAGUACUGACUAAAUCUACUGAUCUUAAGGAGAUUAUAUUAGAGUACGCUGAAAGAAGCCGAUUUGUAGCAAGAACAUUACUCCAAGGGAUGUCUGAAAACCUAGGAUUGGAAGAAGGAUACGUGGAAGAAAUCCUAAAGUUGGACUCAAUGUUCCAACUAUUUGCUGUAAAUUAUUAUCCACCUUGUCCACAGCCAGAUCAAGCAAUUGGGCUCCCACCACAUACAGAUCAUGUUAACACUGCCGAUCAGCUUGAGAUAUUCAGCAAUGGGAAAUACAAGAGUGUGAAGCAUAGAGCUGUUGUGAAUAACCAAGCGACAAGAAUUUCAGUUGUUAUAGCCAAUGGUCCAGCACCAGAUGCCAUUGUUGGCCCAGCUUCACCAUUAGUACAAAGAGAUGGGCGUCCACUGUCUCGGCCAUUCAAAUACAUAGAAUAUGUAGAAACACAGCUCAGUAAUACAGUAGAUGGCAAAGUGAACUUGGAUUAUGCGAAGAUCCAAGACAACUAG